AUGAAAAUUCUGCCCUUCCGUCCGAUCAUCUGCCUUGGGUGGCUGUUCUUUAAUCAUGCCUCCGCCCUAGAUCCUUGGGGCAUGACCUGGUCUGACUCAACAUUUGGAUCUGAUGGCCCUUGGCAUGCUGUCAAGAUCAAAAUGGGCGGUAACGCCACAGAACUAGCCAUGUAUCCAGGAUCGUCCUGGACUACCUACGUUCUUCUAAACACGCUUUGCGACAACACAACUAUCUCAUCCUACUGCUACGGAGACAUUGCCGGACUUUAUAACCCGGAAGAUUCAGACACUUGGGACGGUGAAUCUAUUGCCUAUGGACCUGAUCGUGUCUGGUCAAACUUGGAGUGGGGGUAUACGGAUGCAGUGUCUCUCAAUGCUUAUGCCUAUCGGGCUCUUGAUUCCAUAGAUCUUGAAGGCACAGGCACAUCCGAUUCAAACCUGAUUGCCAUUGAGCAAGGGUAUCAAACUUACCCCGGUGGGGGUAAUUACCCCUUGGAAGUGGGUGUUCUUGCGCUAGGGAGUCCAGAUAUCAACCAGUCAUUUUCUCAGACCAGCGGACCAUCCAUCAACGGUACCUUUAUCACUAGCUGGGUGUAUGAACACGGUGUUGUUCCAUCCUAUUCUUAUGGAAUGCAUAUCGGCGCCCCAAAGUUCGAAAUCCCUGGGUCUCUGUAUCUGGGAGGCUAUGAUAAGAACCGAGUGCUUGGGGAUGUUUCUACGCAGCCCAUUGACAGUGGGGAGCUGCCAAUCGAAAUGCUUGACAUCAGCAUCGGUGUUGCGAGUGGUGGCUCCAUUUGGGGAUCCUCCAACAUUACAGGCUUGAUGGCAAAGUCCAAUUCCUCUUUAUCAUCUGGGAUAAAUGUUGCAAUUGAUGCAACAAACCCUUACAUCUAUAUGCCUCAGAGUACAUGUGAUGCCAUUACUGCCAAUCUACCUGUCUCUUACCACUCCGCCCUCGGUCUCUACACUUGGGACACAAACAACGAGAACUACUCCAAGAUCAUCACAUCUCCCAGCUAUUUGGCCUUCACCUUUGUCAAAGACGACGUCAACACGGAAGAGAUCACUAUCAAAGUUCCCUUCGCUCUUCUAAAUCUCACUCUCUCGCCUCCCCUAGUGGAAGUUGACACUCCAUAUUUUCCUCUCAUGCCCACCGAUGGCAACCUGGUCCUGGGCAGAGCUUUUCUUCAAGCGGCAUUUUAUGGUGUACAUUGGUCGCAGAAAUAUUGGUUUUUAUCUCAGGCGCCAGGGCCAGAUGAUAAUUUCAUCAAGAACGUUGUCAACAUCGAGCCCACUACGACGACUAUUGAUGGGACUGAUAACAGCUGGGAAGAUACUUGGGCAUCCUACUGGACGGCUCUCCCCUCCAGUGUUGCUACCAAUAAUUCUGACAAAAACUCUUCAAGCUCGUCUACUGACAGUGCGUCUACUGCCAGUGCGUCUACUGCCAGUGCAAAUUCUACCUCUAGCCUCUCUACUGGUGCCAAGGCAGGUAUUGGAAUUGGCUGUGCGUGCGCUGCUAUUGGAAUCAUUGUUCUGGUAGCUUGGUUUUGGAUUCGUCGCCGGCGACAAGCCAAACUUUCGGACGACCUGUCACCUCAACAACGUUCCAACGUUCAUACCGUCCAGCAAGGGGGUAUACCUGUGGAGAUUGCUGGCAGCAGGCGUGAUACCCGACUUGAACUGGAUUACGACCCAGGUUUUGCAGGCUAUUAUGAAAAACGCACCUCGGACCAAACGAGCACUACUCAUGGUCCACAAGUCUCGGCCAGAGAAUCGGAAGGUCCGAUUAGUGACGCUCAUGGUCCCUAUGAGCUUAGUCAUUAG